GCCGCGCACCCGCAGCAGCGCCCGCUCCGUCGGCGAGCGGCAGAGGCAGCUCCGGCCGCGCCUGCCCCGGCCCGCGGCACCCCGCGCAGGUAAGGCGUGUCCGCGGUGCGGGCAGAGCGGCGCCGAGAAGGACGAGCCCCGCUGUGUCGCGGCGGAGGAGGAAGAGGAGAAGGAGGCGCGAGAGGCUGAUUAGAAACAAAAAUAAUAGAAGAGUUCACCCCCUGGAUCUUAGCCUUGGCCUUUUACAAGCGAGCAGAAGAGGAGCUGUCAGGCUGUGCAUGUCAAAUAGCCGCCCGGCUGUUUGACAGCUUCUGGGUUUCAACCCCAUUGGGAUUGAGGCAGCUCAGGAAGCCAUGAGCGAUGAGUCCUGUCGCCUGCUGACGCUGCUCCAGCACCAUGGCAGGCAUUCCGUGAUCUGACAAGAGGAUACGUCUUGGGGAGGCAGCACUGGGAUCCGUAAUUGGCUUCCUGGGAAACUACAGCUGGUGGAUAGGAUGUAAAAAGAGGUAUACACACACUGGGAUAUUGCUACACUCUUGCUGAGCUCCUGGAUCUGCUUGGAGGAGAGGAUUUUGCCACCAGUCUUGUUUUUAUAUCUCCCGCUUUGGUAAUGUUGGCUUUGGGGAAAAUUUCUGCUGACUCACCCAUGCCUAGACACCUUUCUCAAAACUUGGCUGAUCAGUGAAGAACACCACCGACACCUUCUCCCCUCUGGCCCCCUCAGUGUUCCCCUCCAUCCCACGGGGCCCCCGCAGCCCCCCCCGUCCCGUGGCGGGGGUGAGCACGCCUGAAGCUCCGAGUGUGGCCGGUGUCCAGCAAGAUUUUACCCUGUCUGCCCCUGGGGCCCCAGCGCCGCCCCCCGCCGGCACUGCCGCCCCACUCGCUCGCCCCAGGCCGCGCAGGAUGGGGGCGGCGCUGGUGCGGCGCGGGGGCUGCCUGCUGCUCUGGCUGGCCCUGCUGCUGGGCUGCUGGGCUGAGCUGGGCAGCGGGCUGGAGUUUCCAGGGGCCGAGGGGCAGUGGACCAGGUUCCCCAAGUGGAAUGCCUGCUGCGAGAGCGAGAUGAGCUUCAACAUGAAGACGCGCAGCUCCAGUGGGCUGGUGCUCUACUUUGAUGAUGAGGGCUUCUGUGACUUCCUGGAGCUCAUCCUUACCCAAGGUGGGCGGCUACAGCUCAGUUUCUCCAUCUUCUGUGCUGAGCCUGCCACCUUGCUCUCUGAUAUGGCGGUCAACGACAACCUUUGGCAUGCCGUGGUCAUCCGCCGCCACUUCAAGAACACCACUCUGAUCAUUGACCGGGCUGAGGCGAAGUGGGUGGAGGUGAAGUCCAAGCGGCGGGACAUGACUGUGUUCAGUGGCCUCUUCUUGGGGGGACUCCCGCCGGAGCUGCGGUCGGCGACUCUAAAGCUGACACUCUCCUCUGUCAAGGACCGGGAGCCCUUCAAGGGCUGGAUAACAGAUGUUCGGGUCAACUACACACAGACUUCGCCGGUGGAGAGCCAGGAGGUGCGGCUGGAUGAUGAGCAGAGCCGCCUGUGUGCUCGGGAGGAUGUUUGCCUCAACGGAGGUGUCUGCUCGGUGCUCAACGACCAGGCUGUCUGCGACUGCUCCCAAACGGGCUUUCGGGGGAAGGACUGCAGUGAAGAAGACAACUAUGUGGAAGGUCUGGCGCACCUGAUGAUGGGCGACCAAGGAAAAGAAGAAUAUAUUGCAACGUUCAAGGGAUCAGAAUACUUCUGCUAUGAUUUAUCUCAGAAUCCUAUACAGAGCAGCAGUGAUGAAAUAACUCUAUCAUUUAAAACACUUCAGAGAAAUGGACUGAUGCUUCACACAGGAAAAUCGGCUGAUUAUGUCAAUCUUGCACUGAAGAACGGAGCUGUCUCCUUGGUCAUUAAUUUGGGCUCAGGGGCCUUUGAAGCACUGGUGGAACCUGUGAAUGGGAAAUUUAAUGACAAUGCCUGGCAUGAUGUGAAAGUAACCAGGAAUCUGCGUCAGCACUCAGGCAUUGGACACGCUAUGGUGACAAUAUCAGUGGAUGGAAUUCUGACCACUACGGGAUACACACAAGAAGACUACACCAUGCUGGGCUCUGAUGACUUUUUCUAUGUUGGUGGCAGUCCUAGCACAGCAGACCUCCCGGGGUCACCAGUCAGUAACAACUUUAUGGGCUGUCUCAAAGAGGUUGUAUAUAAAAAUAAUGAUGUCAGGUUGGAGUUAUCUCGACUUGCCAAGCAAGGAGAUCCUAAGAUGAAGAUUCAUGGGGUAGUAGCGUUUAAAUGUGAGAAUGUUGCAACCUUAGAUCCGAUCACAUUUGAAACACCAGAGUCUUUCAUUUCUUUGCCAAAGUGGAAUGCCAAGAAAACAGGCUCAAUAUCAUUUGACUUUCGUACAACUGAGCCAAAUGGUUUGAUUCUUUUCAGUCAUGGAAAGCCAAGGCACCAAAAGGAUGCCAAACACCCACAGAUGGUGAAAGUUGACUUUUUUGCCAUUGAGAUGCUUGAUGGCCACCUCUACCUGCUGUUAGACAUGGGAUCAGGUACUAUAAAAAUAAAAGCGUUGCAGAAGAAGGUGAAUGAUGGUGAAUGGUACCAUGUGGACUUUCAAAGGGAUGGACGGUCAGGAACCAUAUCUGUGAACACGUUACGUACACCAUAUACUGCACCAGGGGAAAGUGAAAUCCUUGACUUGGAUGAUGACUUGUAUCUUGGAGGCUUACCAGAAAAUAAAGCAGGCCUGGUCUUCCCAACAGAGGUGUGGACAGCACUUCUCAAUUAUGGAUACGUCGGCUGCAUUAGAGAUUUAUUUAUUGAUGGUCAGAGCAAAGACAUUCGACAGAUGGCUGAAAUUCAAAGUACAGCUGGAGUAAAACCCUCGUGCUCGAGAGAAACUGCAAAGCCAUGCCUUAGCAAUCCCUGUAAAAACAAUGGUGUAUGCAGGGAUGGGUGGAACAGAUACGUUUGUGAUUGCUCUGGGACAGGGUACCUUGGCAGAUCUUGUGAAAGAGAGGCAACAAUAUUAAGCUAUGAUGGAAGUAUGUUUAUGAAAAUACAGCUCCCUGUUGUGAUGCACACAGAGGCAGAAGAUGUUUCUUUACGGUUCAGGUCUCAGCGAGCUUAUGGCAUUUUAAUGGCAACAACUUCCAGGGAGUCUGCUGAUACCCUCCGGUUGGAGUUGGAUGCGGGACGAGUAAAACUAACGGUCAACCUAGACUGUAUCAGGAUUAACUGUAAUUCCAGCAAAGGUCCAGAAACCCUUUUUGCUGGCUAUAACCUCAAUGACAAUGAGUGGCACACAGUGCGUGUGGUUCGACGAGGAAAAAGUUUAAAGUUAAUGGUGGAUGACCAGCAGGCCAUGACAGGUCAAAUGGCUGGUGAUCACACACGGCUGGAAUUCCACAACAUAGAGACUGGAAUAAUAACAGAACGUCGCUACCUGUCUUCUGUGCCUUCUAAUUUCAUUGGGCAUCUACAGAGCCUUACAUUUAAUGGCAUGGCAUACAUUGACUUAUGUAAAAAUGGAGACAUCGAUUAUUGUGAGCUAAAUGCAAGAUUUGGGUUCAGAAACAUCAUAGCAGACCCUGUAACCUUUAAAACAAAAGCAAGUUAUGUCGCAUUGGCCACAUUGCAAGCAUAUACAUCUAUGCACCUUUUUUUCCAGUUCAAAACCACCUCUCUGGAUGGAUUGAUACUUUAUAACAGUGGCGAUGGAAAUGAUUUCAUUGUGGUUGAAUUAGUAAAAGGAUAUUUACACUAUGUGUUUGACUUGGGAAAUGGUGCAAAUCUCAUCAAAGGAAGUUCUAAUAAACCUCUGAAUGACAACCAGUGGCAUAAUGUGAUGAUAUCAAGGGAUACCAACAAUCUCCACACUGUAAAGAUUGACACAAAAAUCACAACUCAGAGCACAGCUGGAGCCAGAAAUUUAGAUCUCAAAAGUGAUUUAUAUAUUGGAGGAGUGGCCAAAGAAAUGUAUAAGUCCUUACCAAAGCUGGUGCAUGCAAAGGAGGGUUUUCAAGGCUGUCUUGCAUCAGUUGAUUUGAAUGGACGGCUCCCUGAUCUAAUCUCAGAUGCUCUCUUCUGCAAUGGGCAAAUAGAAAGAGGAUGUGAAGGCCCCAGCACAACGUGCCAAGAGGAUUCGUGUGCAAACCAGGGAGUGUGCUUGCAGCAGUGGGAUGGAUUCAGUUGUGACUGUAGCAUGACCUCCUUUAGCGGACCAUUAUGCAAUGACCCGGGAACAACGUAUAUCUUUAGCAAAGGUGGUGGACAAAUCACUUAUACGUGGCCUCCGAAUGAUCGCCCAAGCACUCGCGCAGACAGAUUGGCAAUAGGGUUUAGUACUGUUCAAAAAGAAGCCGUGUUGGUACGAGUGGACAGUUCUACUGGGCUUGGAGACUAUUUAGAGCUGCAUAUUCACCAAGGAAAAAUUGGAGUAAAAUUUAAUGUUGGCACAGAUGACAUCGCUAUCGAAGAAAUCAACGCCAUCAUUAAUGAUGGAAAAUACCACGUAGUACGUUUCACGAGGAGCGGUGGCAAUGCCACAUUACAGGUGGACAACUGGCCAGUUAUCGAACGCUACCCAGCAGGAAACAAUGAUAACGAGCGCCUGGCGAUUGCUAGACAGCGAAUUCCAUAUCGACUUGGUCGAGUAGUUGAUGAAUGGCUACUCGACAAAGGGCGUCAACUCACAAUCUUCAAUAGCCAAGCAACCAUAAAAAUUGGAGGCAAGGAACGGGGCCAUCCUUUCCAAGGCCAGCUCUCUGGUCUUUACUACAAUGGCUUGAAAGUUCUGAAUAUGGCAGCAGAAAAUGAUGCCAACAUCGUGAUAGAAGGAAAUGUGAGACUUGUUGGUGAAGUGCCUUCCUCCAUGACAACCGAGUCCACAGCCACAGCGAUGCAGUCUGAGAUGUCAACAUCAGUCAUGGAAACCACCACCACUUUGGCCACGAGCACCGCUAGGAGAGGGAAGGCCCCGACAAAGGAACCUAUUGGCCAGACCACAGAUGACAUCCUGGUGGCCUCGGCUGAAUGUCCCAGCGAUGAUGAGGACAUUGAUCCCUGUGAGCCGAGCUCAGGUGGGUUAGCAAAUCCUACCAGGGCAGGAGGAGGAAGGGAGUAUCCUGGCUCAUCUGAGGUGAUUCGUGAAUCCAGCAGCACAACAGGCAUGGUAGUUGGGAUCGUGGCGGCAGCAGCGCUGUGUAUCCUCAUUCUCCUGUAUGCCAUGUACAAGUACAGGAACCGAGACGAAGGAUCGUAUCACGUAGACGAGAGUCGAAACUACAUCAGUAACUCAGCACAAUCCAAUGGGGCUGUAAUCAAGGAAAAACAGCCCAACAGCGCUAAAAGUUCCAACAAAAACAAGAAAAAUAAGGAUAAGGAGUACUAUGUCUGAUCUCAACAUCUAAAUGAACGCUUGUAUAGAAAUAGUCUUCAUUUUAUCUGAGACAUAAUACAAACUUAUUUACUUUACUUUUUAUGAAGCACAUUCAAAAACAAACAAAAAAGACAGGGAAUGCAAUCAGAAAGGAAAGACUGUUUUUAAAAACAAGCAUUUCAUGCUCUUGUUUUUCAGAAACGGGAGCUGAUAAAUUCCCUAACAUCCACAGUGUUUUCAUUUACUCUGCCUGUCUUUAUGUUGCUGGAACAGUUCUGAAAGACAAUGAUGGCACCACGCAUUCAUAAAGCAAGGAGUAUUACUACAACAUCAAGGCACAAUAUGAAACAAAACAAAUUUAAAACAAAACAAAACAGGAAAAAAAAAAAAAAAAAACAGAAAAAAGAA